CACGCAACGCUUGGGGAAAGGGCAGAGUUGGCUAUAAAUACAUAAGAACUAAAUUAGUUCAAAACACAUACUCCCCAUUUGCUUUUUAGCCAGCUUUCACUAAGCGGACACCAUGACUGCCAUUCAAUAUGUUCUUGCCAUCUUUAUCCUCUUGUUUAUCACAGUCUUCCUUCAAUUCAUCUUCAAGAGGCCCGGCAAGAAACCUGCCGGUUAUUGCCCCCCUCCAAGCCCACCCACACUUCCUUUGAUCGGCCACCUCCAUUUAUUAACCCCAGUUGCAUACAAAGGAUUCCAUGCUCUCAACAAUAAAUAUGGCCCUCUCCUCUAUCUCCGCUUGGCCACUUAUCCUGCUGUUCUUGUCUCAUCCGCUCCACUGGCCACAGAAAUCUUCAAAGCACUAGAUGUCCAUUUUACCUCUAGAAUAAAAUCCCCUUUUGAGGAUAAUUUACUAUUUGGAAGCUCAACAAGCUUUUUCAAUGCCCCGUAUGGGGAUUACUGGAAAUUCAUGAAGAAAAUUUGUACCACAGAAUUGUUGGGGACUAGACAGAUGAAGAAGUUAAAGAAUGUUAGACGCGAAGAAGUUGUGAGGUUUUUGAGUAAAAUGUUGGAGAUGGGUAAAAAAAAUGAGGGUGCAGAUUUGAGUGCUGAGGUAUUAACACUAGCAAACAAUAGUACUUGCAGGAUGAUUAUGAGUGCUAGGUGUUCAGGGGAAGAUAAUCAGGCUGAUAAGUGUAGAGAGCUGGUGAGUGAAUCCUUCGAUCUGGCUGCAAAGCUUGCUGUAUGUAACUUGUUCGGUCCCUUGAAAAGGAUAGGUAUCUGGUUCUUGAGAAAGAAAAUUGCUGACGUGCCUAGAAGGUAUGAUGAAUUGUUUGAAAACGUCAUGGUAGAGCAUGAGGAGAAAGCAAAGAGAGAAGGUCCUCACUUGGAGAAUAAAGACCUGAUGGAUAUUCUUUUGGAGGUGUAUCAUGAUAAAAAUGCUGAAAUGAGGAUAACCAGGAAGCAAAUGAAGACUUUCUUUCUGGAUCUCUUCACCGGAGGUACCAGUACUACAGCAGAUGCCAUACUAUGGAUUUUAGGGGAGCUUGUCAACCAUCCUGCAGCGUUCAAGAAGCUGAGAGAGGAGAUAGAUUCAGUUGUUGGGACAGAGAGACUUGUGGACGAAGCAGAUAUCCCAAACCUGCCUUAUUUCCAAGCGUGCGUGAAGGAAGCAAUGAGACUACAUCCACCAGUGCCUUUAUUCGAUAGAGUAUGCCGUGAAGACUGCAAACUUGCAGGAUAUGAUAUACCCAAAGGAAUCACAAUGAUAAUGAACGCAUACUCUAUCAUGAGGGAUCCAAAGAUAUGGGACAACCCAAAUGAUUUCAUUCCAGAGAGGUUCUUGAAAGAAGAAGAAAACACUAAGGGCCAAAACCUACAGGUUUACGUCCCUUUUGGCGGGGGAAGGAGAAUGUGCCCUGGGACCAACAUGUCCUCAAGUUUGAUCAAUGGUAGUGUUACAGCUAUGGUUCAAUGUUUUGAUUGGAAGGUUGUUGGUGGAGAUGGCCCAGAUGGAUCAAAAGUUAACAUGGACACUAAAGCUGGUGUGACUAUGAGCUUGGAUAAACCAUUCUUGUCCAACCCUGUUCUCCACCGCAACCUGUUUUCUGCUUAAAUCCUCAGAGAAGAAUCACUCAAUUUAUGCAUUUUUUCUUCCUAGCUAUAUUGGUUUUUUGCUUAAUUCUAAGGAUCCACUCUCCAUACAAAUCACCACCCUUGUCUAUGCCAAGCAGUGGUUCUGGUAUUUUUUUUUUUUUCUAGGUUUUCAAUUAAGUUGUUUGCACAGGAAGCAAAUUCGAGACCUGUCCUCUUUCCCUUGCUUUAUAAGAUCAUGUUUAGAUCUUUUACAGAGUCUAUACUUUUGUUAAAUAAUGUAAAUACUUCAAAUAUAACGAGAGAAUAAUAGUAUUGACAUGUUGAUCCA